AUGGAAAGUCGAAAGUCUCUCGCUGUUCCUGAUCACCGCGAAAAUGGCUUUUGCAGAAUAUGCAUCGACCAGGCAUCGGACGCCGAACGCCAGGUGCGCUCGAUGCAAUUGGACAUGGAGAACGUGCAGCGACAGUUGCAUUCCGCGACGACGGACCGAGACCAGGCGAUUUUGGAGAACCGACGACUCCAGGACGACCUGGCGGCCGUCAGCUGCGAGCUGAGAAACAUGCGCCAAGAGCUGGAGGCCGCCAAAGCGAAGUCGCACGACUUGAAGAGGCAGCUGCAGACCUACGUGGCCGAAGUCAGACGCGCCGAGGACAUGCUCAGCAAGAAGGAGAACGAGCGCACGGAGAUGCUGGAGCACUUCCGCAGCUUGAGCCUGGAGGCGACGAUGCUGGAGAACAACAACCACAGCCUGGAAACCGAGGCCGCCGAGGCGAGGGCAUCUCUGAGCUCGGCCCGCGAUCUCAUCGCUGACCUCGAGAGGCAGCUUGCUGACAAGGACUGCCUCGUACGGGGCUACGAGGCGCAGAUAACCGAGUUAACGCAGAACGUGGCGACCCUAGAAAUAAAAUUGCAGCAGAAGAGCGGAAUAGAGAACGACUCGAAGCACGAAGUGGACACGCUUCGGGACUUGUGCAUGACGCUGGAACACCAAAAGAAAUGCCUGGCCGACAAGCUGGAAGAGGCGAUCGCCGAUAAAACGAAGCUUGAGAUGCAACUAACGAGGUACAAAUCGGAGCAGGACAUCUUCCAGGAACAAAUGCACUCCGACCACAAGACCAUGGACCGACUCGAGAAACUCCUGGAGGAAGCGAGAAGAGAAACGAUUAACGCCCAACAAGAUAGCCGCGAAAUGGAGAAAGAAGUGCUGGCACUGAAGCAAAAGAUCUGCGAUCUGCAGAACAAAUUGAGUAAAGAAACAUCGGAACUUCGAAAAUACCAGAGAGAAGCUGCGGAAUACAGCAAGCAGAUCAGCGAGCUGCGGAGACAAGUCACUAACGAGAGAUACGAGAGAGUUCGGAUACAAGAGGAGGCGCAUAGUCAACUAAAUGCACCUUUCCCCAUAUGCAGAUCUAGCCACGUUUGUCAUCGUCCAAAAAGUCCGAGCGUGCAGCACAACGUUGCCAAUAGAGCAUCCUGUCACGAGAUGAAUCUGACGUCUUUGCCAGUCGAUAAAAAAUGCUGUUGCAAAGUUGUAGAGAGUACUAAUAUGCUUAAAGAGAAAUCGUCGCGUAAAGUCAAGGUCGAAGCGCCAGCCAGUUGUCAAAAUAAGAGUAGUAUUUAUCUUUGUUCGAGAAAAACUAAGGAUGAUACUGUUGAUUGUAAGGCCGUUGACAGUAAGAAAAUUAAGGAUACACAGAACGAUUGCCGUAAAACGAAGAGUACCAUGAAUGUCGAAGCUUGCAAGUGUUGCGUUUGGAUGAGAAAUCAAAAUGCAAUCACUCCUCAGUGGGUCGCCGACAUUGUGAAUUUAAUGAACAAACUUAUGAACGAGAAGAAAAAACAAAGUACAAGCUGCGGACAUGACAGCGGAGAUGCAAUUGAAAUUGAAAAGAAUAAUGAAGAAAAUGAAGCUUACGACGACAAAGAACUUAUAGUGCACGAGAAAGCGUACGCAGGCCUGCAACGAAACGUCAAGCACUCGGUAAUAGAAACUGGCAGUGCGAACUGCACUGUAUCCACUCAGACUCAGGAACACGUCAUCACCAUAUUGGAUAGCACGAAUCCCCGUCUGAUUACCAUUCUCGCGAAAAUCCAGCAGUACGCUAAGAAAAUCGAAGAAUACUUUCAAAUGAUGCAACAAACUAAUUGCCCCACCAAUCAAACAAACACUAACGGACGACAUACUAUUUCGGGGAUUGAUUCUGUGAAUGACACAGUGAUAAGGCAAACAAGCGAUUGCACAAUGCCUACUGAGUGCAACGAGCAAAUGAAUAUUAACAAGAGACAUACUUCUAUCACGAUGGUUGAACCAGAAAUAGAAAGAGUAAAAGAGCAAUCCUGCGAUCGUACAAUGACAGUCGAGCAGAAGAAAAAAACGGAAUCGUCGAUGUCCACUCGCAAAACAAGUAAUACGAGUCUGGCAGACACUGCAGCGAUCGGAAACGCAGCAUAUACCUCGACCCCACGACGAAAAGUGAAUAGCGAUUGGCAAGUAAACAUCGAUAUAUCGGAAGCAUUGUACUCACUUCAAACAGAUACUGAUUUUGAUCCUAUGGAACAUGAAUUCGAUGAGGAUGUUAGCGAGCUCGAUUCCACAGAAUAUUUGAAGUUGCCAAGAAGUUUGGAGGUACAAGAAAAUCCGGACAGAGGUACAGGUCAUAACAAUUUCGUUAACAAUGUUCGCGAACAGAUUGACGACGUGUAUAUUACUAUGGAAGAGAUUCAGAAGAAAAUUAAUAGCCUUCGCAAAGACGUUUUUUCAGAUUUAGUAAAUAAUCAUUCCGAUGGAAGAGGAAUUUGAGACAUUUUGUGAAAUAUCGUAUUUUAAUUUAUAUCUAUGUGUUCAAUAAUGUACUCUUAUACACAAACCUUUUGUUACGUGUACAUAAUAUAGGAGCUAUUUGAAAUGCCAUGACAGCCUUAUAAUUAUAUAUUUUCUAUAAAUGCUCAGUCAAUAAAACUAUUCUGCUUGCCAUAAAUAUGCAUUACUUCCAUUAGAUUAAUUAUUAAAAUAAAAAUCAAAUAAAUUGUAUUAGUUACAUGGUAAUUUAAGUUGGAUUUCUUGCUUAGCGGUUCGAUAAAGGAGGUUCCGCCCAACCAAAAAAACGUUUUAUUAAUUUAACUUGCAUGUAUUUUCAAAGUUAUAAGUGAAUUAAAGUGACCAGUUUUGAUAACACUUGUUUGAGUGUAAAUAUUCUAACAGUCUUUUCAAGAAAUCGAUAAGUUUGUUUAUUUAUAAAAAAAAAAUUAUAAUCUCGAAGGUUAUGACAGGAGUAAUUUAGAUCAUCAAAAAUCUGUUACAAAUUUCUGAAAAUUAAAUUUUUUGAAUACUACAUUAUAUGUCAACCUUCCAAGAAUGCGUAUAUUAAAUUUCAUAUUUUAAUAUAGAUUAGAAAAAUCUAUCAAAGUGAUUUAGUGAAACAACAUUGUGCCGAGGCAUCUAUGUUUAAACACA